CUCAUUUUAUUUCUUAGUUUAGCACUACAAAACAAACCAAAACCUUUGUUUCUCAACCUGUCUCUUACGUUAUUAUUAUUGUUAUUAUUCAAUUCCAAUUGAAUUGAACCUCACAACUCCCCCUCAUCUGAGCAUUGAUUGUUACAUCAAGCUGUUUAAUAUUAAUGUGAUAUUAUAGUAACUAAUCGUGAAUCAUUCUGAAAGUAGUAAAAGGGAGAUGGAGGGAGAGGGAAAUAGUGGUAAGUCGCUGAUGGAAGACCUGCUUGGUCUUUUAAGAAUUCGCAUCAAGCGUGGCGUCAAUCUCGCCGUUCGUGAUGUCAAUACCAGCGAUCCAUAUGUGGUUGUUAAGAUGGGAAAGCAGAAACUCAAGACUCGUGUCAUUAAAAAGGAUAUUAAUCCUGAGUGGAAUGAAGACCUUACAUUAUCUGUCACAGAUCCUGUUCUUCCAUUCAUACUGACUGUGUAUGACCAUGACACAUUUACCGCAGAUGAUAAAAUGGGAGACGCUGAAUUUGACUUGUCGCCAUACAUAGAUGCUUUAAAGAUGAACUUAGCAGACAUCCCAAACGGUACUGUAAUAACCAGAAUACAACCGAGCAGACAAAACUGCUUGGCAGAGGAGAGUUGCAUCACUUGUACCGAUGGCAAAAUUGUUCAAGAUGUUGUCCUUAGAUUGAGAAAUGUCGAAUGUGGUGAACUGGAAAUUCAAUUGCAAUGGAUUGAUCUUCCUGGUUCCAAGGGUUUAUGAUCUUCUUUUUUUCUUUUAUUAAAUAACUGCUACUUCAUGCACUUUCUAUUUUUUCAUUCUCCUUUCUUUCUUACAUGUUUUCUUCUUUCAACUACGACUUAGCUUCUUCUCAAUGUAUUUUAUCAUGUUAUUUACUUAUAUAUAUACAUAAUUAAAGGAAACUCA